AUGGGGUCUUCUACCCGCAAAGCGUGCAACGCCUCGGUGUCCUUGCUGUGGGUAUCGCUGCUCGGGUGCCCUUUAGGGUUUUCACCUCGCUGCAACGCCUCUUCCUCCGCCUCUCCCGGCGGCUACGCCAUCUCCACCGGCUCCAACGGCACUACGGCCGCCUGCACAACGACCGGCGGCACCGUCGUCAACUCCUCCGCCCACGGGGGUGCUUUCGCCACCUGCUACGCCUCCGCCACGAGCUCGUCUCCACCGGCUGAGCCGUCUGCAGCGCCGAGUCGGCCAGGCCAAUAUGGGCAUCCUCUCUUCACGGUCCUCUCUUUCUGGGUCUGUUUAGUUGUUCUCAACUCAUCCGCACUCGUCGGAUCCUCACCCCCGUCCGUCGCGCACCCGCGAAAGGCCUGA